GACAUAUCAAGCAAAAUCCAGCUAGAGCAAGACGAGCACAAUAUUGAACAUGGUACAGCCGGCCGAGAAGCAUAAGAUGAACACAGACUCAAUUUCUUAUUGUAUCCUAAGACAACAAAUAGAGAUUUUCUUCUCUAGAGUUGAGAAUUCGCAGCGCAACCGAGUUCUCAAAAGACUGUGGUGGUGGUGGCGGCGGUGGUGCUGCUGCUAUUUUGAUAUUGACAUUGACAAACAAUCCAACCAACUGUUUUGUUCGUAGUUGCUGGUUCUAUCAACUGCUAGACUCCGCUGCCUUGAAAAAUGGUAGGCUCCGGUUGUUCCGCAGGAACGGGCAUGAGACGUACAGCUCGAGGCGGAGGUGCUCCUCCCWUGUCAGAUCGCUUUGCUCAACCAGAGCCGGAUCGAUGCCGGUCCUACCGAGAAAGUCUGUGAGGUCUCGAACGGGGCCGUGGCCCGGGAUGCUCCAGGUUCCCUGAACUUGAUUGUAAUCCAUGCCGAGCCUACGAAAGAGGUGUGUUAUCCUGGCCGAAGAUCCAUUCCCCCCAGCCGACGUCGGCGACUGCUGGUCGAGACGGUUCGAAAUCACGGAAACGUCCUUGCUCCCGAGGAGUCGUUCGACGCGGUGGUAGCAGACCCACGCCAUGAGUGCCUGAAAGCGUUCCUCCUUCUUGGCGGUUCGGUCUUUGAUGCCUCUCUUGAGGGGGACCCCGUGCUCGCACAUGUGGGAACGAUAGUCGUGGAGGGAGGAAAAGGUUUCCCCCCCAGGCAUCUUAUAGGUUCUGCCGGUGGUGGAGGUGUUCGUUUCCUCUUCUUCGUCUCUACUAGAGGCAGCAGCAGCGGUGCUGCAAAAGACAUGCCCGGCCUCUUUGAGAGUCUGUGACACAUCGUAGAAAUUGGGGAUCUGCUGCACGUCCCUGGAGCGAUAUCGUUCCAACAGGGAUGGAUUGGUCACCCGGUUGGUGAGAUAGCUUGUGUCGUUGUCCAUGCUUAUCUUUUUGGCUUCCUUUGUCGUUCGCAGCUUCUUCCUUGGUUUCGCCUUCGAUGGUCUUGCAGUCGAAGCAUUUGGAACGUCCCGUAGGCCAGAAGCGGGUUUAUUCUUUCUCUUUCUUGCGCUGGAAGGAGGGGCCUUGCGCUUCUCUUUCUGUCUCGCGGAGUCUGUGCUCCCGGCUUGGUCCUUCUCUUCUGGAAGGUGAUGGGACCGGUCCGGACCGUCUCCGGAAGCUGUUGCUCUUUCUGUUGCUGCCGCUACAUUAUCAUCGUGGUAGUUACCGGCAGCGGACCGGGCCACCACCCACGAGGCCUCGCUCGAUGCGGCUGGGUAGCCGGAAAUAAGGCAGGAGUUCCUCGCGACCACCGCGUAGGAAACGAAUGCCGAGCUCUUGACCCUUUCACAAUCAUAGGGGAGGAUCCUCCGGGCGUCGUUCCACAGCGAAGGAGGCGGAUCUCCGAACAAAAAGAUGCACGUUCUGCCGUUGCGGUUGGUUCCCGCGGCGGAGAGGACCAUCACAGUGUCUCUCCACAGCAACGAGCAGAGCGGAUCAUCUACCCCGGUUGUUUCGCUCCGGUUCGCCGCCCGUUGCUCCGUUGCCGAUCGCUCCUGCCGGCGAGCCGCGAUUGCUACGGGAAAGGUGGUCGGAUCCUUGAUCAGAAUGGCGGGCCAGUAGACAUUGAGGUCCGCGUUGCUCGUAUCCCCGUUGCCUUCUUUCCCGGCCACCAUCCUGAAGAAGCAGAGCCUCUCGAUCGAAAGCUCCGGCUCAUUGUGAACAGCAACAUCAAACUGCUGUCCAUCGAGUGUGCCUUCGCCGGGGCAAGGGCUCCCUCUCAGAGAUGACGAUCCCGACGGCUGGGAUGGAUCGAGAGACAACAGCCGGACUGCCUCGCGAAAGGCCCUGGAAAGAAGUAGCUCCAAUGGAUCCGUCGACAGAGGAAUCGCGGAGCGCUGCCGCCAGGGAUCCUCCGUGUCGGAUUCGUUCGAAAACACACGUGCUAAUCCUAACACGCUCGUCGCUCUCCAAAACCAGCCUUGUGUGCCGCAGCCGAUUUUCGGUUUCGUUUGUGGCCGGCCUUGAGGCGAGCAAGACUGCUACCCGCUGCUUUGGUUCCAGUUUCCGGUUGCCCUGCCGGAGAUUGCGCAAGCGGUACUCCCUGAGGUUGACUUCGGCUUCCACGGUUGCCAGUGUGCCGUGGGACACAGCCUCUCGCAGCUCGAUGCGGUGCCGCUCGUAGUCCUCAAGGUCGUCAAAGACAAUAGCCGGCCAAGAGGUAAGAGCACACAUCGCGGGAGUGUCGGUAGUUCUGAAACUGGGAAUCCUUUCGAGGGGGUAAUCGAUUAGGGUCACGAACCCUACCUUCCCCCGAAGUCUACGCAUUGCAUUGUCGGUGCUAGUGCUAGUGCUAGUGCUAGUGCUAGUGCUAGUACUAAUGCUAGUAGUGAGGCUAGUUCCCGCUCUACGGGGAGCAGUGAGUUCGGGAGCAGUGCAAUUCGCUUGCGUUGGAUUGGAUUGCGCCUGCAUUCUGUUAUAAUUUUUCUUUUGCUCUGCUGUUUUCUGUUAUUUUCUAAUUUGUCUUUUUCGAAGAAAUAAGACGCUGAUCAAUUACAAAGAAGAAACAACACGAAUUGCAUCGCUGAUCGACUUUGAAUAAUGACUAAUUUCAAUAAUCUCGCGAUGCCAAUCCAUUUCUGUCUUGCUCUCGAUCGGCCUUGCUUGGCACGGCAGGAGGUAGAAAUGCCACAUCGAGAGUGACGGAUAGGUCAUUUUCAUAUGGUCAGUUAGGCCAGAGGGUCAACAGAGUCCACAUAUCGAGUCCACAUACCACGAAGUGCUGCGAAGUACUCGUAAGAGUGCUAACUACUGGAAAAUUAAGGUACAACAAAAAACCUGUAAUUAUUAGUCGACAGUACUAAAGAGUACUGCUUACUACUGGAAAUAAACACCUCCAAAGGAA